CGGCACUACAACUCCCACGAGGCAGCGGAACGCCGCUCCCGUACCGACCGGCCACCCUGCAGCAGGUCUCGGCUGCCGCCGCGGGGGAGGGGCGCAAAGAUGGCGGACGUGGUCGUGGGCAGAGACAAGUGCGGGGAGCAGCGCAUCGUGUCGCUGCCCCUGUCCCGCAUCCGGGUCAUCAUGAAGAGCUCCCCCGAGGUGUCCAGCAUCAACCAGGAGGCGCUCAUGCUCACGGCCAAGGCUACGGAACUCUUUGUGCAGCACCUGGCCACCUGCUCCUACAGACACGGCGGCGGGAAGGAGAAGAAGGCACUCACGUACAAUGAUUUAUCCAACACUGCGGAGGAGUCGGAAACUUUCCAGUUUCUUGCAGAUAUAUUACCGAAGAAGAUACUAGCUAGUAAGUACCUGAAAAUGCUUAAGGAGAAGAGGGACGAAGACGAGGAGGAGGAGAACGACAACAGUGAUGACAGUGACGACGAUGAAGCGGAGUCCUAACCCUGAAGCUCCAGACAGUCGGCCUGCUGAGGACCCUCCCGGAGCAGCACCGUGGUGGUGGUUUUCUCACUGGUUUUUAGAGAGAGGGGAGGAGGGAGGGGAGGGGAAGAGAGCGAGACAUGGGCUUGUCGCCGCGCUCAUCCGUGCGUUCCUCGGCUGCUGCUUGUCUGUGCCCUGCCCGGGGCCCCGGCCCGGGCCAGCACCGCUGCUUUAAAGCACGCACAGCGCUGCGCGAUUGUAGCCUCACCUUUCAGACUCCGAGUGCUCGGUGCUGCUUCCCGGCUGGGACAGAGCGUCUGCUGCACCCGCACUGGCGGUGGCCGGAGGAGAGUGGUCAGGCCACACUGUGGCUGGAGGGCGCCAAGGAGGAGAGCUGCCCGCACAGUCAGCCCACGUGCAGCUGCACACUGUGGCGGCAGAGACGGCUCCGCUGAACUUCUCACUCACAGGCAGAUUCUGAAGAGCUUCUAAAUGUCAGUUACGUGCAAACCACUAGAUCCAGUUUUAGCUAAAAAUGUAAUGUGUGUUGUAUUUUGUUACUUUGUACAUAGUAUCUUACACUUGCAAUUUUGUAUUUCAAGAAAAUUUGUUAGAACAUUUGCCCAAAUACUGCAUUUUUAACUGUAAAGACAUUUUUCAUUAAAAGUUGUCUCUAUAUUUACAGUAAA